AUGUCGAAAAAGUUUAUUGCAAAACAUGAUCAAAUAUUCCCAGAGCAAUCCACGAAUUGUCUCUUAUUAUCUUCUUCCAGGUACGAGAGGCUCCUCAGAAGAGCGAAGACAGAGGAUCUGUCGGAAGUUUCAGGAAUUGGCUGCCUCUAUCAAAGUGGAGUCGAUCGUCAGGGUCGACCAGUCGUUGUAUUCGUCGGCAAAUGGUUCCCUGCCACUAAAAUCAAUCUGGACAAGGCAUUACUAUAUCUAAUACAGUUGUUGGAUCCCAUUGUCAAAGGAGAUUACGUGAUCGCUUAUUUCCAUACGUUAACGACUAGCAACAAUUAUCCCAGUCUACAUUGGUUGCGCGAAGUAUACAAUGUGCUUCCUUACAAAUAUAAGAAGAAUCUGAAACACUUUUACAUUAUUCAUCCGACUUUUUGGACCAAGAUGAUGACGUGGUGGUUCACGACGUUCAUGGCUCCAGCCAUCAAACAAAAGGUUCACAAUCUACCUGGAGUAGAAUAUCUUUAUGAAGUGAUGUCUCCUGAACAAUUGGAGAUCCCAGCUUACAUCACGGAAUAUGAUAUGACGAUAAACGGAAUGAGGUAUUACCAACCAGACCCAAUCUCUCCGUCGCCAUCGACGUCCACGUAACUCUCCGACCCGGCCUCCCAGCCUGCGAAGCACUGGACAGAACGAAGCAGUCGGAUCGAUCGUUCCACUCGAUAGUACGGUGUCUGUAACGACGCUCGUAAUGCCGUUUCCGCCAGCUCGAUCGACGAUCACGUCGAUUCCGACGACUCUCAUCUGUCUCAGAAGAUGCGUUGCUUCGAUCGACCAGAGACAGAAUCGGCUUCUCAAAAGCGGGAAAAAGUGCCUGGUGGUGAUAGACGAGAGACGUCAAACGCUUGGAGGAUGAAGAAUAGUCGGAUGCUUGAUGCGACAAUUGAUCGAUCGUUGAAAAAUCAAGAAACCACUGCCCACCUGUUUCUUUCAUCAAUCAUCAAUUGCCUGAAGGAAAGGGAAAGAGAUUUCUUCCUUAUCUACCUACGAGGGAAGUUUCUUACGUUGUGUGUCGAUGUUGGACGCGAUGUCGCGUAACGCAGAAUGCGAAGAGGAUCGAUCGGGAGAAGGAUGAGGAGAUUGUUAUUUCGCAUGCUGCGCAGAUAUCGGCUGCCAAAACACCAAUAAUCAGUAUUCUCGUCUUCGUUGUUACGACGGAGCGUGGGAUCUUGUUGUUCUUAAAUAAAUAGCUAGCUAUUCGAUUCGGAUUUAGAGGGAUGAGAGGGGAUGGAGAAUUAAAAUGACGGCUUAAUAAUAAUGGAAACUAUCGAUCGCUUUUUUGUUAUUUUCUUAUCCGUCGUUGUAUAGCGAAUUAUAUAAUCGUCUAUUCGAUUAUUGUAUUUUAUUAUGUCACGUCGAUGAUGAACGGAGUCGCGGUCGUUGGCGCGCAGUAUUUUUCGAUA